GCCCGCCACUCCGCCACUCGCGGCCCGAAGUGUGACCGCGCCGACCAGGCCCGACGCCCUGGAGUGCCUUGCAGUGCCUUGGCAGCGCCCGACCGCCACGCGACACCAGCGCCGCGGAUUCCGCGGACACAUUCGGCGCCAUGCGGGCCUGGUUCCUGGCCGCGCUGGCCGCGCUGGCCACGGCAGUCGCCAGUCCUGUGUCGACGCAGAGCGACGCGUCCGCGAUGCCGCCCUCCGGUGAGCCCUGCCAGCCGAGCCCCACCGCCACGGACACCUCGGAGCGCCUCAGCAAGCUCAGGGAGUUGAUGGCCGCGAACAACGUCGCGGCCUACAUCGUGCCAUCGGACGACGAGCAUGGGAGCGAGUACACGGCGACCCCCGACCACCGGCGCCAGUGGCUGUCGGGCUUCAUGGGCAGCCUGGGCGACCUGGUGGUGACCCGCACCCAGGCCCUGCUGUGGACGGACUCGCGGUACUGGGUGCAGGCCGUGCGCGAGAUGGACUGCGGCUGGACGCUGAUGCGCAAGGGCGAGGCCGGGGUUCCGAGCAUCGAGAAGUGGCUGCUGGAUAACGUGGACGCGACGUCGGAGAUCGGCGCCGACCCCCGCAUGGUGUCCUACUCCCUUUGGACCACCUGGCAGAACUACCUGAGUUCCAAGUCUGGGCCUAGCCUCCGGGCAAUCGAGAGCAACUUGGUGGACGAGGCAUGGGGGCCCCAGAAGCCCAACUACCCGGAUACACCAAUCGUACCUCUGGCCCCAAAAUAUACAGGCGAGUCGUGGCAGUCCAAGGUGGCGAGGGUCCGCGACUCGAUGCGCGCGGCCGGCAACGACCUGCUCGUGCUGUCCGCGCUGGACGACUGCGCCUGGCUGCUUAACCUGCGCAGCGGCGAGGUGCCGUACACGCCCGUGUUCCGGUGCUACGUCGUGCUGGGCGUCGACGACAAGGCUGCCGUCUCCAUGGACGUCUUCCUGCCCAUGAGCAAGGUGACGCAGACGGUGCGCGACCACCUCUGCGACCCGGACAUCAGCACGCAGAUCCACGACCACCAGGACAUCUGGGAGAAGCUGCCCACCCUGGCCGCGACGCGCAACAGCGUGGCUCUCACCAUGCCCGUCGUCUACCACACCGGCGCCAGCUACAAGCUCUACACCGCCGUGAGGGGGGAGGCAUCGGGCAACAAGCGAGUCGUGUUCAUCGCCUCCCCCGUGCUGUACAUGAAGGCCACCAAGAACCAGGUGGAGGCCAUGGGGAUGAAGCGUGCGCACGUCAAGGACGCCGUGGCCCUCGUCGAAAUGCUCUCCAUCUUGUCCGAAGAGGUUCCGGCCGGCAAGUACUGGGACGAGCAGAUGGUGGUGGAGGCCCUGGACAAGCUGCGCUGGCAGCAGGAGAACUCGCACGGCCCCAGCUUCGACACGAUCGCUGCGUUCGGCGUCAACGGCGCGCUGCCGCACUACCAGCCCAGCAACCUGACCAACCUGCGCAUCACCACCAACGGGCUGUUCAUGGUGGACUCUGGCGGCCAGUUCUCGGAGGGGACCACGGACGUGACGCGGACGGUGCACUUCGGGACGCCCAGCGCCGUGCAGGUGGAAGUGUACACGCGGCUGCUCAAGGGCUGCAUCGACCUGGCCUCCGUCAAGUUCCCCAAGGGCUACACCAUGCAGAACCUGGAGGUGCUGCUCAGGCGGCCUCUUUUUGAACUGGGCCUGCAGUACGGCCACGGCUCCACCCACGGCAUUGGCCACUUCCUCACCGUGCACGAGUCUUUUGAUUAUGAGUAUGGAGAGAAUUUCUUUGGAUCGCAAGAGCCCGGCUACUAUCGUGAAGACGAUUUUGGCAUGAGAUUGGAGAAUAUAGUGCAAGUGGUACCAGCAGAAGUAAUGUAUAAAACUGCAACAAAGUUCCUAACUUUUGAGACAACUACUUUGGUGCCUUAUGACAGAAAGCUAAUAAAUACUAAACUUCUGUCUGCCGAAGAGUUGAAGUGGCUGAAUCUGUAUAACCAACGCAUAAGAAUUUCAAUUGGACCUGAACUACUUCGCCAAAACAAGCAGAAAGUCUACAAAUGGCUACUAGAACAAACACAGCCAUACUGUUGAUUUAGUAAUGGAUAAAUCCCAUGAAUUGAAACAAGAUCAGAAUAUACUCUCAAGAAGAAAAUGCAGUUUAAUAUAUCAAAUUACCGAAUAGAUAAACAUUUUGAGAGUGCUGGAAGUUAUUAUUAGAAAACUUAAAACCCAACAGAAGACAUCGUCAAAAGAAAAAAUUGUACCAAAUUUACAAAAUCAAAUGCAUGUUAAUAAGCCCAAUGAUAUGGAUGAGAUCAAAAAACUUAGAAACUUAGGAAAAUUGUGUAAUCAAGAAAAGACAUCAACCUCCA